AUGUUCCGCUCCGCCGUCCUCCGCUCCGCCUCGGCCGCCCGUGCCGCCAUCCGACCGGUCGUCGCCGCGCAAAGGACCGCCUUCGCCGCCGCGCCCCGGGCCUCCGUCAUGCCCAAGAUCCAGAGCUUCCAGGCCGUGCGGAUGUACAGCGCCGGCGGUGCUCUCAACAAGGACGAGGUCGAGGGCCGCAUCGUGAGCUUGCUGCAGGGCUUUGACAAGGUCAACGAUAUCGCCAACAUCAAGGGCACUGCUCACUUCGCCAACGACCUCGGUCUCGACAGCCUGGACACCGUUGAGGUCGUCAUGGCCAUCGAGGAGGAGUUCAGCAUCGAGAUCCCCGACAAGGACGCCGACGCCAUCCACUCCGUCGAGAACGCCGUCGAGUACAUCCUCAAGCAGCCCGACGCCAACUAA